AUGGAAUCACACCAACCAAACAAGAAACUGAAACCGAACCAAUGCCCGGUGUUGGCCGCACCUCAGGUCGUAUUAGAUGACGAGUGUCACGGUGGCGUUCGAUUAACGGACGCUUAUAUAGGCCGAGUCGUCGAUAAAAGCCUUAUUGGCACUUUGAUACAAGAUUUAAAAACCGUAUUGCCAAUGCCUACUCGAUUAGGUCACUUGAAACGAGUCAAAGGCAACGAGGUGAUUUUAGCCAUGGCCGACGAAAUCGAUAAAUCCGAAUGCUCGCGAUUGGUUCGUGAUAAACUACCUCAGUUAGAUAGUGUCAUCUGUUCGGCCAAAGUCCCGUUGGGACCUUUGAGAUCAAAACGCCAGCAUCAAGAAGCCAGCUCGUAUUGGUCGUGUGGUUUUCAUCCCGAUAAACAGCUCGAAUCUAUGUUAUCGGGGCAAUUUUUUUCGCAAGAUGAGCUCACGAAGCAUUAUAAAUACAUGCGAAUGGCCAUAGACGAAGCUAGAAAAAAUAAUUCUCACAGUGCGGCUUUUAUAGUGGAUCCUAAACGAGAUCAAAUUAUGGGAUCAGGAUUCGAUAAUCGUCUGACGAAUCCAGCAUUACACGCUUCGGUCGCAGCUUUAGAUACGGUGGCUAAGAACCAGUGUGAUACUUUACCCAGUCGACUAAAACCGGACGACGUGAAAGCUUCGGGAUCUGCUGAAAAGCUCGGUGAAGAUGUUGAAAUUGAGAAGCGUAAAAAACCAGAUGACGAAAUACCGUAUUUGUGUACCGGUUAUGAUAUCUAUGUUACCAGAGAGCCAUGUUUGAUGUGCGCAAUGGCCAUGGUACAUUGUAGAAUUCGCAGAGUGUUUUAUGGAUGUGGUACUCAACACGGAGCUCUGGGUACGAAAACCAAGUUGCAUACGCAGACUCAGCUCAAUCAUCAUUAUCUCGUGUUCAAAGGUAUUCUAGGAGAAGAAUGUGAAAAAUUGAUGUCGUCGAAAGAGGCCCUUAGUUGUUGA